ACUUGAUUCAGUCUCGAUCUUUCCGCCGUUAAUCUGCUACCCUGUCCCUCCAACGUUCUAUAUUUGAUCUCUUUACUCUAAACAAAUCACACCCCCCACCUUCUGUUUUACUUCAAUACCCCCUCCCCAUUUUUCUGCUGCUUUUGGGGUAAUGCUGAUUGCUUGAACUGCAUCCCUUUGCUUUCUUACGUAUUUCAGCUUGGAGAUUUGAAGGAGAACUGAAAGAUAUAUUCCUCUGGGGGCACAAAAUCCUAUAAAUAUGACUGGUUAUAUCGUUGGUGCGCUUGUUCCUAUUGUUUUUACCCUUCUCCUUCGGAGUUCAAAGAAGGUGAAGAAGCGAGGGGUGCCAGUCGAUGUUGGUGGGGAACCAGGGUAUACAAUCCGAAACAGUCGAUUCCCUUCCCCUGUUGAAACAUCAUGGGAAGGUAUAUCUACUCUUGCAGAACUUUUUGAGCAGGCAUGUAAGCAACACGCAGAUAAACCAUUGCUUGGAACUAGGAAAAUGAUUUUGAGGGAGGUUGAAGUAACUGAAGAUGGAAGAUCCUUUGAGAAGGUUCAUUUGGGAGAUUAUGAAUGGUUGACUUAUGGGAAAACAUUUGAAACUGUGUGCGAUUUUGCUUCUGGAUUGGUUCAACUUGGUCACAAAAGGGAAGAGCGUGUGGCAAUCUUUGCUGAUACCAGAGAAGAAUGGUUCAUUGCAUUGCAGUCCUGCUUUAGGCUCAAUGUGACUGUGGUGACCAUAUAUGCAUCUUUAGGAGAGGAGGCCUUAUGUCACUCAUUAAAUGAGACUGAAGUUACGACUGUGAUUUGUGGUAACAAAGAACUAAAAAAACUUGUCAACAUUAGCGGGCAACUAGACACUGUCACACGUGUGAUCUGUAUGGACGAUGAAUUUGCAUCCAGUGCAACUAGUAGAUGGACAAUCUCUUCUUUUGCUGAUGUCAAAAGUGUCGGCCGUGCAAGUCCCUUGGAUGCCGAUUUACCUCUUUCAGCUGAUGUUGCAGUUAUAAUGUAUACUAGUGGAAGUACCGGAUUGCCUAAGGGUGUGAUGAUGACACAUGGCAAUGUACUAGCUACGGUUUCUGCAGUUAUGACAAUCGUUCCCGGACUAGGGAGCAAGGAUGUUUAUCUUGCUUAUCUGCCGCUUGCUCAUAUUCUUGAAUUAGCGGCUGAGAAUUUAAUUCCUGCUGUUGGAGGUAUCAUAGGAUAUGGAACCCCUUUGACUCUCACCGAUACAUCCAACAAGAUAAAAAGGGGAACAAAGGGGGAUGCCACUGUUUUAAGUCCAACUGUGAUGGCAGCCGUCCCAGCAAUUCUUGAUCGUGUUCGUGAUGGAGUGCGAAAGAAGGUAGAUGCAAAGGGUGGACUAGCAAAGAAAUUGUUUGACUUGGCUUAUUCCCGUAGAUUAUCUGCAAUCAAUGGUAGUUGGUUUGGUGCCUGGGGCCUGGAAAAGUUCCUAUGGGACUUUCUUGUCUUUAAAAAGGUCCGAGCAGUUCUCGGUGGUCGCAUUCGAUUUUUGUUAUCUGGUGGUGCUCCUCUAUCUGCAGAUACUCAGAGAUUUAUCAACAUCUGCCUUGGUGCUCCAAUUGGCCAAGGGUAUGGUUUAACUGAGACUUGUGCCGGUGCCACCUUUUCUGAGGUCGAUGAUACAUCCAUUGGUCGUGUUGGUUCUCCACUUCCUUGCUCCUUUGUCAAGUUAGUAGAUUGGCCUGAAGGUGGGUAUUUAAUUAGUGAUUCACCAAUGCCUCGUGGAGAAAUAGUUGUCGGUGGUCCCAGUGUAACACUUGGAUACUUCAAAAAUGAAGAGAAAACAAAAGAAGUGUACAAGGUUGAUGAGAGAGGAAUGAGGUGGUUCUAUACUGGUGAUGUAGGACAGUUUCACGCUGAUGGUUGCCUCGAGAUAAUUGACCGUAAAAAGGACAUUGUCAAGCUUCAGCAUGGGGAAUAUGUUUCUUUGGGAAAGGUUGAGGCUGCUCUCAGCAUCAGUCCCUAUGUCGACAAUAUUAUGUUGCAUGCUGAUCCGUUCCAUAGUUACUGUGUGGCUCUUGUCGUGGCUUCCCAGCAUGCAGUGGAAGAUUGGGCUUCUAAGCAAGGAGUUGCUUUUACUGAUUUUGCGGAGUUGUGUGAGAAAGAAGAAACUAUCAAGGAAGUACUCUCGUCUCUCGUUCAGAUCGGCAAGAAGGCACGACUGGAGAAGUUUGAGAUUCCGGCUAAAAUCAAAUUGCUUUCAACUCCAUGGACUCCAGAAUCCGGGCUUGUCACUGCAGCUCUAAAGAUCAAGAGAGAGGCCAUCAGGAAAGCUUUCUCUGAAGACCUGGCUAAGUUAUAUACAUAAUAGUUUCAAGAGGAUUUUGCUUGUUUUUACAUGGGACUUUGCUGAUGAAUGAAGACUGCUUGACGAUCAUCUGAUUAUACAUUCCUUCUUUUGUACCUUUGUACUUGCAGUUCAGGUUUUCUAUUCUAUAGAAACAAGCACUGGUUGUUCUUUAUUUUAAUUUUUAUCAUUGCAAUUCAGUGCUCUCCCAGUUUAAUUUUAA